GAAACUCUUAACACGGCCUAUUCCUCAAAAUGCGAGGCCUCAUUAUAAUCUUCGCAGUAAUUACUACAGCUUCUUCUCUAUGUAAAGACGGAGAUGUGGAAUACGAGAAAGAUCAGAAAUGGAUCGAAGGCAGCUUUGUGAGGCAGUGCCAAGAAGUGGACGACGGCUCACAGAAGGGCUGGAGAAUUGAUAUAUUAGCUUGCCUCACAGUUUUUUAUCAGGAGAUUCCUGUGGACUCGGAGAAGAGAUACAGAGAGGACGAGCCAGAAAAUAAAUUGUCAAAAGUUUCCCAUUUGACAACUUCAUUCUCAGUCUCUUAAUGCUUCACAGUGGAAA